AUGUCAGCUAUUUGUCCUUUCCAGCGAAAAGGCAUCAAAUCAACGGCAUCAUGCAGCAUGCUACCCACGCAAUUACCAACGGAGUUAUGGAUCGCAGAAGGGUGGGAAAUGGUUCCCCUACGUUGUCUGUUGCUACCAUCGGCUUCAAUUGUAGCUGGGGUCUCUUUCUCAUCUGAUUCUGAUGGAGACGGCAAGGGUUCUUCAAGUGUGAUUGAAGAUGAUGACCGUGUUUCUGAGAAUAGUAAUGCUCAAGCUCAUCAUCAACAAACAAGACCAAAUAGUACAAGGAUCGUUUCAGAUAGUUGUCUUACUGGUAUGGGUCAUGAUAAUGGUUCGAAUCAACAUAGAUCUGGUGGAUUCAGAAAUUCUGGAUUCGAAGCUGUUAAUGCUGCAUUCAAUAUGAAGAGUCUUGAAAAACAUAUGCUAGAGGGAGUACUUAUGGUACUUUACUAG